GCCUGCCCUGCCUGCCCUGCCUGCCCUGCCUGCCCUGCCUGCCCUGCCCCGCGCUCGCUGCUGCCGUAUAAAUAGAGGCAGCGAGCGGCAGGGAGCUCCUGGCAGCCACCAUGAAGGGCCUCAACCUGCUCUGCUGCUGCGUGGCCUCGCUCCUGCUCCUCGGCACUGCAGAGCCGCACGCCCCCAGCACGGACCACGUCGGCAGUGCUGCCGAAAGCCCCUUGCCAGCCACAGAGCCCAGGCUGGAGGAGAAGGCAGCCAACGGCAGCCCUGAGGAAGACCAAGAUGGCGGCCCCACCAACGUGUCCUUGCCCAGCACUGCUGAGGAGGGACGCAGAGAGGGGGAGGAAGAGCCGGCAGGUGGCCUGAGCAGGGACCUGGAGCUAGGGGAUGGCCGGCCAGAGGAGACUACCAUGGAUAAGGGUCAGGAGGGGCCCAGUGAAGCCCAGAGCCCAGGGGAGAACGCCAUGCCAGGCACCCCUGAGGCAGCACAUCAUGAAGGGAACCACAGGUCUGGCCCACAAGAUGGCUCCCAGGUCCGGGAGGAUGAGGAGCCUGGCACUGAGAAAGAAGCCUCUGAGGAGCAAGGGCAGCCUGGGGAAGAGAAAAUGGAGGAGCCAAGAGCAGCGUCUGCUCCUGAGGAGGGAGAGGAAGGGGGUGAGCAGAGCUCAGAGGAAGAUGAUGAGCAGGGGGAGUCUGACGAAGAUGAACAUGGCAAGUCUGAGGAAGAUGGAGGCGAGGGAGAGUCUGAGGAGGAAGGAGAGUCUGAGGAGGAGGGAGAGUCUGAGGAGGAGGGAGAGUCUGAGGAAGACGGUGCCGGGCCAGCAGGGCCAGAGAACGGAGCUGAAGGGAAUGACACGGAAGCAGCCAGAGCUUCUGGCAAAAAAGGCCGUGGCAAACCAGCAGCUGCCAGCAAGGGAGAAGCCAGGGAUGGCCCUGCCAGCUGCCAUCAUCCUCCCUGUGGUGACACAGCAGAAGACCCACCAGCAGUGGUGGAAGACCCACCAGCAGCAGAAGACCCACCAGCAGUGGUAAAAGACCCACCAGCAGCAGAAGACCCACCAGCAGCAGUGGAAAACCCACCAGCAGCAGAAGACCCCCCUGCAGACAAGCCAUCACUGGAAGAAACAGAGAGCCCACCCAGCCACAGCUUCCACCCAGCUGCCACUGAGCUCCAGCACAGUCAGAUAGAAGAGGUUGAAGAUGCCAGCGAGCUGACCAAGCGUGACCGGUCCCACUUGGAGAGCACCCUCAAGCUGAACGAGGACAAACCUGCCGAUGAUUUCUCAGGAGUACUGCAGCGGCUGAGGAAGAUCUACCACUCCUCCAUCAAGCCUCUGGAGCAGUCCUACAGAUACAAUGAGCUGAGGCAGCACGAGAUCACAGCUUACCCUGGACGCACCCUGGGUUCCUCCGCCACAGAUGGGGAGAUCACUUCCAAGCCAAUGGUGCUAUUCCUGGGACCGUGGAGCGUCGGCAAAUCCUCCAUGAUAAACUACCUCCUCGGGCUGGAUGACACUCCCUACCAGCUCUACACAGGGGCAGAACCCACCACCUCCGAAUUCACUGUCAUCAUGCACGGCCCCAAGCUGAAGACCAUCGAGGGCAUCGUGAUGGCUGCUGACAGCGCCCGCUCCUUCUCACCUCUGGAGAAGUUUGGGCAGAACUUCUUGGAGAAGCUGAUAGGGAUCGAGGUGCCCCACAAACUGCUGGAGCGAGUCACCUUCGUGGACACGCCAGGCAUCAUUGAAAACCGCAAGCAGCAAGAACGAGGUUACCCGUUCAACGACGUGUGCCAGUGGUUCAUUGACAGAGCUGAUCUCAUUUUCGUCGUCUUUGACCCUACGAAGCUGGAUGUGGGCUUGGAGCUGGAGAUGCUGUUUCGGCAGCUGAAGGGCCGUGAGUCUCAAAUCCGAAUCAUCUUGAACAAAGCUGACAGCCUGGCUACCCAGGAGCUCAUGAGAGUCUAUGGUGCCUUGUUCUGGAGCCUGGCUCCUCUCAUCAACGUCACGGAGCCACCCAGGGUGUACGUUAGCUCCUUCUGGCCCCAUGAGUACCAUCCAGAUACCCACAAAGACCUGUUCCUCAAAGAAGAGAUAUCGCUCCUGGAAGAUCUCAACCAGGUGAUUGAGAACAGGAUGGAAAAUAAGAUCGCCUUCAUACGCCAGCACGCCAUCCGGGUGCGCAUCCACGCCCUUUUGGUCGAUCGCUAUCUGCAGACCUACAAGGACAAAAUGACCUUCUUUAGCGAUGGAGAACUGGUGUUCAGGGACAUUGUGGAAGAUCCUGACAAGUUCUUUAUCUUUAAGUCCAUUCUGGCAAAGACCAAUGUCAGCAAAUUUGACCUCCCCAACCGCGAGGCUUACAAGGACUUCUUUGGCAUCAACCCUAUCACCAGUUUUAAGCUGCUGUCUCAGCAGUGUUCCUACAUGGGAGGGUGUUUCCUAGAGAAGAUCGAGAAGGCCAUCACUCGUGAGCUUCCCGAUCUCUUGGGAAGCAUUGGCUUGGGAAAGAAGCCCAACGUUCUCUCCUGCGACAUCACUGGCUGUGGCGAAACCCCAAAGAAUCGCUACAAGAAACCCUAAGGUGUUCUGUAAUAUAUCCGUCCACGUGUUCCUACCGGUGAAUGAGCUUAUGUCUUAUCUGUCCAAGAAGCCGUGGUUUGUUAACCCUUUGAGUGCCGCACUGGCAAAGGCUACUGUACGAUGAGGACUUUGAGUCAUUGACAUCGAUGGCAGGGGAAGAUGGGUGGGCAUAAGAAAGAGAAUAAAAACUGUGAAUUCCUGA